GUGUUGUUGUGCACUUUGCUCUAGUCAAACCCUCCUUAUGUAGCCUACCGUCCUUCCUGGGAUCACUUCUGGACACAACCAGACUGGAACAUGUCUCGGGCCGCGGAAAGACUCCGACUGCUGAUCAAUCACCUCGAUCGAUCAUCGGAUGCGAUCGCAGGUGCACCAACUUCUGCUCAAACCGUCACCUACAGUCAACCACAGAGACUAAGAUAUACUGUUGAUAAUGACCUGCUGACCCCAGAGCAGCGACUGGCCUAUGAGAAAAAUGGCUUCAUCCUUAUCAGGAAUCUGGUGUCUGAAGAGGACAUCGAGAGGUUCAAGAAGGAGUUUGAACGAAUCUCCCGACAGGAAGUUAAAGUUCCAGGUCUGCUGGUAAUGAGGGAUGUGGCGAUUGUUAAGUCAGAAUUUGUUCCAGAUCAGAAAGCAGUCUCCAAGCUCCAGGACUUCCAGGAGGAUCCUGAACUGUUCCGGUACUGUGCCUUACCAGAGAUUCUGAAGUAUGUGGGGUGCUUCACUGGACCCAACAUUAUGGCCAUGCACACAAUGCUGAUCAACAAGCCUCCAGAUGCAGGUAAGAAGACGUCUCGUCACCCCAUGCAUCAGGACCUGCAUUACUUCCCGUUCCGCCCGGCUGACAGGAUCGUCUGCGCUUGGACAGCGAUGGAGAGAGUAAACAGGCAGAACGGCUGCCUGGUCGUCCUGCCUGGAACCCACACCGGCACCCUGCAGGAGCACGACUACCCUGAGUGGGAGGGUGGUGUAAACAAGAUGUACCAUGGAGUGCGUGGGUAUGACCCACAGCAUCUGAGGGUUCACCUGGAGAUGGAGAAAGGUGACACCGUCUUCUUCCAUCCGCUGUUGAUCCACGGCUCUGGCAUGAACCAGACACAGGGCUUCCGUAAGGCCAUCUCCUGCCACUAUGCCAGCGCUGACUGCUACUACAUUGAUGUGAAGGGAACGACACAAGAGAACAUUGAGAAAGAGGUGCAAGAGAUCGCAGCCAAGAAGUAUAACAUGGGUGAAAUUAGCUUUGAGGAUACCUGGGCUUUCAGAGGCCGCCUGGUGCAAGGAGAGAGAACGUCACUGUGAAGAGACAACAGGUCUAAGACUAAAAGGAGCCAGCUACAUCAGAAGGACAAGUCCCUCAGUGGAAAAUGGAUUAAUAUGGUGAUAAACAGGGAACAGCAGAGAAAGCAGUCAUGUUAAAGACAAAAAGGGCUUGUUUGAUUGUCCUUUCAUACAAUAAGUAAUCUUUUAGUAAUUUAUAGUCAAUUACUGUACAUUUUAGAUAAAGUUGCCAGACUCACUGUAACAUAUCUAAAAUGUAGUUUAGAGCAUGUUGUCUAUAAAUCAGGAAAUAACGGUUAUUAGAAAAUGUCAGUGACUUUAGUAGAAGGCAGCAGACAUUAGGAGAGUAAAGUACCUUACAUUCAGUAUUCCUCCAUACUAGCACUUACAGUAAAUAUGAUGGAAUAUCAGGGAUUUAUCCUGAAAUGUCUAGCAAUCUGAGAAAUGAAAAAGACCAGGAAAAGGGUGAAGAUUUCUAGGGAUGCACCGAUACCAGUAGAGGGUGUAACUGCCGAUACCAAGCAUUAGUACUUGCAGAGGCUGUACUCUAACAUUUUACAGCAUGAUUGUACCCUCUUAUUAUUUGAGUGGGGAGGCAAGUUGAAGCAAUGUCUGCAUUACAGUAUUUUGACAAAAUAAUCAAGGUAGAGCAUACUGUAAAUUAGGCACUGUAAUGGUAUUAUUAAGGAUUUAUAUUAGUACUCUAUUAUUGGUGAGUACACAAAGUGAGUUCUUGUUCUUGGUCUGGAAAGACGUGGUGAAUCAGUGCAUCCCUGUUAAUUCCAAAAGUAGAGAAGCAUACAUGUAAUGAAAUUUUGAUUGAGAAAAGUAAGAGUUUGUGUUUGUGAGAGGUGCAGAGCAUGUGAGAGAGAAUAAUGAAAGCAAUACACGUGAAUGAUCUAGUGAACAAUCAGAUUUGAUUGUAUCUCUUGUUAAUUGACACUAACAGAGGCCUUAACCCACUACUGCCUUAUAAUUUUAUCAGCGUGUUAAUUUCUGUUGGUGUUUUGAUGAGGAAUGAAUGGAUGUUUGUUAUUCUCUAGAAUACCACUGUGAUGAAUGCAAUGUUUAUCUAACACUGAUAAAAAUAAUAAAAAGUAAUAUGCCAUGA